GGACUUUACCUUUUUUUCUUAUUUGAUCGAUAGAUAAAUCCAGUCCGUUGUUGGGGUCUGUUGAUUUGUACUUUAGUUUGUCUACGAAAAGUACAUUUACAAGGUGUAACCAAUCACAUCGACAAAUACAUUCAAUGUUCGCUUGUAUGCUGUGGACGCUGUGGUUCAAGAUUUUGAAUUAUGGCUAAUCAAGACUAAUCAAGUUAUUAUAACAUUUAGUGACAGUGUUAGUUCAGUGUUUCAUUUUAAUAUUUUUUAGUUGAGCUCAAGACCCAGACUCCAAGCAAGAUUUCUUAAAACUUUUUGACAAUAUAGCUGCAAAUUCAUAUAUCAUUCUGUAGCAUCUUGAGAGCUCAUAGAAUAAUAAUUAAUUCACAAAAUAUACAAGUAUGGCAAAGAUUAAAAAUAGAGGCACAGUAGAAGACCUAACUUUAAAUGUUCCAUUUUGGCACUUUGCCAUUGUAACAGUCUCUUUGCCUGGUAUAUCAUUGGCUGUGUGCUUUAUUACAGCAUUUAUAUUUAGAUUUGAAGAUGUCAACGAAACAAUGUGUGAAGUAAGUGGUUUAUAAUAUGCAGGUUUUAUAUUUUUAUUAGUUUUUUUUUAGAUUUAGCUAGGUACUACAAAGAAUUUACACUUCAUAUUUUUUUGCAUCGAGAUGAGUGAGUUCCCUUUUGUUUAUUCUUGAUCUUGGAUUGCUUCUUGAGUUAAAUUUUCUUUUUUCUUUUAAAUAUUAUUAAUACUUCGAUUGGAAUGUUGCUAAUUAAUAUUUCAUUGAAUGGUUAAUUAUAAUAAUUAAAACGAGAAAAUUUUUUAUAGCACACAUGUGUAAGUUGAUGGAAGAGAGAGACACAGGUCUAUGACACUUCUUGCAGCAUAUCCAGAGGGAUACAAUAAAGUUGCUUUGUAACCUGGAAUAAAGUGUGUAAAAGUGUAUUCUGUGAUGGCAUGGGAGAAUAGGGGGAAACGUCAAAUUAUAAUUGCCAGUACUACGAUACUCAUUCGUACAUCCGUUCUGCACAUGGGCAGAUAAAUAAGAGUUUUUAAAAAUUCACCAAAAAAAUCACCAUAACUUAACUUCUAUAAAAGCUAGAAAGAUGAAAUUGGUGUUUUUUAUAAAACUUAUAGCUAACCCUCUAAAAUGGUGUUUUAUUUAUGGCAAUAAGUCAUUAUUUUAGUUUUCUGUCAAAGUACCUGCUCUAGGCAGUCUGUAAUUAUUUCUUAGUUAAAUUUUUCUGGUCAGACUUUGAAAAUUCCAGCACUAUGACUUUUUGUUUUAUUAAACCUAUGCCUAUAAAUUGUGAUUUUAUAUUGAGACAUGUGACAAUAAUUGUUGCAAUAGCUAAAUUUCUUUUCAAUGCAUUUUAAUAACAGAUUUUUUUUACUAUUCCAGUUAUAAUUGUAAUUUCUAAGCUAAUUGUAAUUCAUUGUAUUAAAAAAAUCAUUAGUCUGUCCUGGACAUACAUACAUGCCAAACCUGUAUGGUUUACUCAUACUUUGUAUAGUUUUUAGGAAUUUUAAAUGGUAAAGGUGUACGGCCAUACAGGGUAUAGCAUGGUUUUUUAAGGAUUCAAAAACAUUUUAAAAUUUGUAAAAAUACUUUUUGGCACACUACAUAAUAAAUUCAUCGUAGGUCAAAAGAAAGCUAAAACCUAUUGGUAUGCUCAAAAAGACCUUUGGCGUAAUUUUUUUUUUGGUAGGCCAACUAAAACAUAGAAUCCGAUCGAGGUUCAGCUAGUAUUUACGUAAAAUACUGGUACCUAUUAUAGGAAUCAUUAGGAUUUUAGCUAUUUUGAGUUGUAAACAAUAAUUACAAAUCCAUUUUUGUAAUUAUCUUAGAAAAAAACUGCAUUUUCAAUCAGUAUUUUUUUAAUGUCUAUUAAAUAAUUAAAUGUAUGUAAUAUCACUAACAAUAAAUAGCUUUAUUAGUCAUUAUGUCUAUUACUAGUAAUAUACACUGGCAUCACUAAAUUUAACAUGUUAACACUUCUAAAAACUAAAGCAGGUGCGAUUUUUCUUCAUUGUUUUAGUUGGCCUAAAUUUGAUCGACAUCAGUAUGUAUGUUGCAUUCUUUUUUUUUUUAAAUUAUUUUACUCCAGCUGGAAAGUCCCAAUUAAUUAAGGGGGUGAACUUGAUUAAAAAAUAUUUUAAAAAUUAAAUUAGGAAUUACACAUGCACUGGGGAAAGUUUCUAAGUAUAUAUCUGACCGAAUAAUAUGGAAUUAUUUAGGCUUCAUCAAUCGGAUUAUUGCAUGCAUUUUGCGAAAUUUGCAAAAAAGACAUUAAAGGACAUUUGAAAAAAUAGCUACACGAAGGAAACUUUAAGGCAAUGAAAGGAAAUUAUACCACCAUUAGCCAAUAGGCAUAAAUCCUUCUUUUCUCAGCCCCAUCAUUUAGAUAGUCUUUCCAAUAAAGAUACACAUCUUAUUUUUAAAUUUCAUUCCUAGCCCAUCCAUAAGACACUUGUUUGGGUUUUCAAAUAAAUACAGAAAAUAUCAAGAAGGCAAAGUUUGCAAUCAAAACAUUGAUUAUUAUCUCUUUUUAAAGACUUUUUCAUGUAUCAUUCUGCACAAUUAUUUACGCUCUUUUACAGUUUUAUUAUGUGUCUUGUUUUACCAUUUUUAAUCCUGCAGGUUGGCAUGUAUGUUGAAAUAUCCUCUGAAUAUGAACCAAUGUACGCUAAUAGAAGAAUAGAUGUAUCAUCUAAAAUUUUGUGUUGUGACACAUGUUAAAGGUUCCUCUUAAAAAUCCUAAAUCAUAUUCCACAGUUGAGGGAGGGACUGAUUUUAACAUUCAACUUCCUUAAGCCUGAAUAUUAGAAUGCUCAUUAUGUUCCAUGCAUAAUAUGUCUUUCUGCCCCAAGCUAAAAAUAAAAAUUAUAUAUGAAACAAUUUAGAAUGUGCUAGAACAUGAGUUAUAAGACAUCCUUUAUUUUAUUCGUUAUAUCUCCAACCUCAAGUUUUGUAUAAAUUUUGAGAGUCAAAGCUAGUUACAGUUUGAGAAAGCUAGUUGCAGUUUCAGAAAUUGAAGUGUUACAAACUUUAGGUUUAAUUAUUUUACUAAACUUUCAUUCUGAACUCGGCUUUUAAAAAAUUUCAUACCAUUGCUUGUGACCAAGAGAAUUUGUGAUUUUAAAAUUGUUAAAUGUUACUAGUACCAAGACAAAUUUCGGAAACACUUAAUGUUGAUCUUCCAAACAACCAUGUCAAUUUUUAAAAAACAAUUUAAAAAUUCAAAUAAACUUAAUUUUGAACAGAGAAUAAAAGUUAAAAUAGUUAUAAGUUGUAGAGCAUUUCCAAAGUUAAAGAGGAAAACGAUGUAAAACUUUCAUUAAUGCUAUUACUAAUAUAAGCAUACAAUAUUUUUAAAAAAAUAGUAUUACAUAUUGCUUCCCAGGACUGAGAUUUUGUUUGGUCAUUUUUUACAGGUGAAGAAUUUCAUCCCCUCUAUUAGUGCUGUCACUGGCAUAACACCACAAACAUACCUCUGGCGCACAUGCAUAGCAUUACACUCAGCGCCUAGAUUUGCAGUGAAUCUCAUCUACUACAACCACUAUGUCAGUCAGAUACACAGAGUUCUCCCACACAGAAUCUCAAAGUACAAGUUCCUCAUCAAGCUGAACUACUGGCUGAAUUUUAUAGAGAACUCAUGUCUUACUUUGGUGGCAUACAUCACUAAUCGGGAAAACUAUCGUAUGUGUACCUUAAAAUUUCGCAUCAUUUAUUAUUGUGAGCUGUUCUUAAUAACUUAUACACAGCACCUUUAUCGACGCAAAUAUUUCUAUAAAACUCUCUGCUAUUUUUUCUCUGUUACCAGCAAAUUAAACGUAUUGACAUUCAGACAUUGAAUUUUGACAUUAUAUUCAUUACCUAGGGAUUCCACAGAAUAGCUAGGUAUUCUAUAGAAUUCCCAUCAGCCUCUGCUAAUAGCCCCUACUUUUUCAAUCCCCCUUUACAAACAUCAUUAAUAUUUAACCAUCAUUCUCCCUUUCCCUAGAUUAGUUUCUUUAUCUAAUCAACCUUAUUUGAACCAUUUGAUAUUGAUCACUUUCAUAUAACCUUAUAAUAAUUUUAAAACUUGAUAUUCAUUGCCUGUCCCUAAUGCUUCCCAUUACCUUUAUCCUUGUGUAGAAUUUAUCUAUAUCCGAUUAUAUAAUCUUGUAUAAAUAAUUUAAGUCAGAGUAAUGGAAGAAAAUAAUUAUUUUUUGUACAAUGAACAAUGAAAAGAUAGGAAUAUGAAAAUGUGUUGUCUUAUUAUUGUUACAAUCAUUACUUGUUAGCUUUCCUGACUUUAGUAUUAAAUCACCUUCUAGUUAUCAGGAAUAACAAGAUAUUUCCUUGGCAUUAAAAAACAUACAAACAAAAACUAAAAUUCUAUGUUGUAAUUCAUUGGUUAUCAAUUUUCAUUUAACAACUCAAUUAUGUUUCAGCUGUACAUGAAAAAAUCUUUGUUGUCUUUAUGGUAACUUCAUUAUGCUACAUGCUUCUUAAUACCAUCCUCUUUAAUUGGAGCCGUUCUGGAGUGUUUACAGAGACAGUAAGUAUGUCUUUGCUUAAUCAAUAUGAACUGAGUUCUCAUAAGAUCAAAGUUGACCAAAUUUUAUAAGGUAUAUGCAGAUUGUAAAAAACAUGUAGGCAUGCCAAUUUAAGCCACUGUAAGUGUAAGAGUAAGAAGCGUUCUAAAUGUCAUUUGUUUUAUUUAGUAUUUUUUUGGACUAGUUGAGAUUUGUUGAUUUUAUAGGCCUUACAUUUUAGUUUUUAUAAAAAAAAACAACUAAAUUAUACUUUUCUGAAGUAGUAAAAGUAAGGAAGUUAUACUUGUCAAAUAUUAUAAUUAGAUUCCUUAACUAGUUUCUAUACUUUGGGAAAUUGAUAAUUUCACUUUCUUAUUAUUGGGCUUUGGUACUUUAGAAAGAAAAAUUUGUUUGGUGUCUCUGAUGGAGCAAUGAAAAUAUAUUAAGUAAUUUUUUUGCUUGUGAUUUUUUCAAUAUGUCUAUGAAACUUUAAACAAAAAUAAAUAUUUACUAACAAAAUUUAAUGUAAUUUAAAUUAAUAUAUAUUUUUAAAAUUUAUUAUUAACAAAAUACAGUUACAAAUAUAUUAUACAGUUUAAAAAAAUAUUUUAUAAUAUUUAUUUUUUUGGGUACAUUUUCAUUAAGUUUAAGUUUAAUCACAGUGAAAGUAUGGACUAGUUUAAUUUCAUUGAUACAUUUUGAUUAAACAUGAAUUUAGCUGGAAGAAUUUGAAAAUGUAACAUUCUUGGCCACUUUUAACCCAUGAACUAUGGUUGGCCGAAAAAAUCGGCCGACAUUCUCGUUCUGUACUGUGUGUAAAAAAACAUGGUCUGAAAGCAACUUCCAAUCCAAUAUUUAACGGGAAUUAUAGCCACUUCCUUUUAUUAAUAGUUAAAUCAUCUUCCGGUUCAAGCUGUUUCGUGGUAACGGGAAAAUAAAUACUUUUUGAUCGCAGUUUUAUAUCGCUAUUUUUUUUAAAGCUAAAAUGGAUGACGCUAUGGCUGGGUCUCCAGUGCAAGAACUAAUAGAAAUAAGUUUGAAAACUUUUUAGGAGAGGUUUUAAGUGAUACUGAUGUUGAUUUUAACAUUCCUCGUGAUGAUAUCAGUUGAGAUUAUUAUUUUCUUGAAAUUUUUACUAGUUUUAGUGAUACUGAAGUAGGCCUACUGAGGCUACUGUUAGACUUCGAGCCAGGCCCGGAGGUUGGGCAAGGACUAACUGAAUUUUUUUGUCACAGAAGCUACAGGUUAUAGAUUAUAGUUAAACAACCCAAAUCAGUUCCACAGUUCCUUUUUAAAUGUUUACUAGUCAAUAAUAACAAUUUUGCCUGAGCUUUUGAAUUUUUACUUGGUUUUAGCAGUGGUCCCAGUUUCUUAUAUAAAUGACCUAAAAUUACUAAAAUUGCUCUCAGAGGUUUAAUUGCAAUAAAAACCUUAGCAAACUAUACAUUUUCUGAAAGAUAAAUGAAUUGGCUACAAUGUUUAGAUUUGUGUUUUAAGUGUACCGGUAUCUAUAAAAAAUAAUGAUGUUAUGAGCACUUGAAAGCAAGACAUUUUGUCGAAUUUUUUUCUUGAGAAUUCCAAGGUCAAGGACACUGAGCAAAUUUUUUUUUACGGGGUCGGCAAUAUGGCCAACUUUAUCCCCAUCCAUUUACCUUUCUAAAAAUAUACACUUAUUGGGGUAUUGUAUCAAUAUUUCUAAGUCAUUUAAUGCAAUUUCAAAUGUCACCCAAAAUGCUCUGAAAAGCUCCACAACACAGAAUAAUUCAUGCCACAGUUCGUGGGUUAAAGACAUUGCAAGCUGAAUAACUCAUAACACUAGAUGAAUGUCAAUUCUAUUGAUUUUAGAUUAAGAAUAUUUGCUAAGUUGGAUAAUCGCUGAAAAUUGAUUGAAAUCUCCAUUUCACCACCCCUCCUCAGGAGAAAACUUCUUAUUAUUGGAAAAAGGUCAUGUUUGCUUCCAUAGCAACUGCAACUGCAGGUCUUGUUUUCUUCUUUAUUUUACACAGAAUUUACUGCGUUGUUGGGGGUAAGUUUCCAUGACAACUUCAUUUUAAAAUCCACUACUGUCGAGACUCUUUUAUCCAGACUAAUUGAGAAUGGGUUGUUCGGAUUAUUGAUAAUCCAGAUAAACGAUGACAUACUAUAUGCAACAAAAUAAAAUGGGCUUUUCUAUAAUAAAAAACUUUAGUAGUGUUUAAAACCUGAACAUAAAGUUUAAUGUCUUGGAUUUUCUUAUGUGCUUGUUUUUUUAUCUUACUCAAAAUUCGGCCAUGAGAUGAUUCCAAUCCUUGUCAGGUUAAUUCAUACAUUUCUGAGUAAAAAUACAAGUCUGGAUAACCGAAUUCCAGAUAACCAAUGUCUGGGUGUUCUAGUUUCCACUGCAUUCUUUUUAUUAAUAGGUUAUAUAUAAAUUAUUUUUGUUUAUUAAUUUAUUUAUUAACAAUAUUUUUAUUUUUUUAACAGUUUAUUUAUUAUUUAAAUGAAUUUACAUUUACGUACACAAUUCAUUUUAAUUUUUGAUCACGGUGCCCCCCCCCCCUCCCCACCUAACCUCUUUUCCAUUCAAAACAUAAUAUUUUUUUGCUGGUAAAGUGAUUGUAUAUAAUAAAAAUCAUUUUUUUAAAACUUUCAGCCUUCAGUGUAUUCUCAGUAUGCGAGUACAUCAUAGCCUACACUAAUAUGGGCUAUCACUUCACUGGCUAUUUGGACUUUAAAGAUCACACAUUUAUGUUUGGCCUGUUAUCUUCAGAUGUCCGCCACAGCAAUGGAGCAGCAGUGACCAAUAAUAAUACUAGAAGCAAGAAUAAAGUUCAAUGACAUUUUUUUUUGUUGAAAUUUGGAAAUAGUUCUUGGCUGUGUUGUAAUAUCGUUGAAGUAACCUCAUUCCGUUUGUGAUUUCACGUAGUGAAUACUCAUAAAAUUAUAUUAGAAUUAUCUUUAAUUUCCCCUUCCAUUGUCUUUUUCAUGUAUUGCUUUUAGCAGUCACCAUCUGUGGCAAAUUGACAUUUAAAAAAAUAUAUAUUUUCUUACCGCAAUUAUUUUCUAAAAUUUAAAAAAACACAUUUUGAAAACUAAAUCAAAAAAGAUAUUUAAAAAACUAUACAAUAAAGGCACAAACAAGAUCAUUUGCGCUUAUUGCUAUUGAAUAUAUUGAGCUACUGUUUUACCAGUUUUUAGUCCAGUGAAUUUGCUAUUUUAAUUAAAAAGAUGGUUCUGAAAUGAUACAUUUUUUUUUGGAUACAAGAAUGUAUGCGAUUGUUGCAGGUGUAAGAAACAAAAUCAAUAAAUACAGUAUUCCAGUUUUAAAAAUUGAAUUGCUGAACAACAAAUAACAUUAAAGUUUAUAAAGCCCUUUAGCUGAAAAUGAUUAACUGGGUAAAUGUAAAAUUAAUUUCCUCUCCAUUUAAAUGGAAAAUACGAAGAUCUGUUAGUAAUAUAUUUUAAACUUGUGCAGGGAAAUUUGCAUACAUGUCUCAAAUAGGCAUUACUUAAUUUGAUUUUGUUUUUUUCAUUUUACAACGCAAUAGUGCAAUAGUGUUCUACUUACCUCUUAAAUCUAUUUUUUUUUUGUUUAAAGUAGGGGUACUUAUCAGAAAGAUGCUUAUCUUAAUUUUAAAUUAAGAUUACAGCUCACCUGAGCUCUGGCAAAUGUAAAUUAUAAUUUUUUUUAAUUUUGCAGAAUGAUCUCAACAUAUUUUUUAAAAAAUUUUUGGAUAACAGGCCACAUCCAUGUCAGCUGCAACUGAACAAGUCAUUUACAAUAUUUUUAAAAUAAUCGGAUUAAACAGCAAAUUUUAACAUUGACAUUUUUUUUCUAAAGCAAGUUAUCUUUGACAUGAUUAGAAAAGAAUUAUUUUUCAUAAAC